UUUUCCCCAAUCUCCUGACACAGCAAAGGAAAGUGAAAGUACAUCAAGAAAAAGACUUGGAUUCCCGCAGGCAGAAGCACAGUCAACACUCCGGCGCAGAUCACUGGGUUUAUACAACGCCAAACAUGGGAAGCCAUUUUUCAAAGGACUGCUGUUAUCACUUCCCAGCCAUGGACAAGCGGAAUCUGGGCAAUUUGAAGAACCUCUUGUUAAACUACAACCCCCCUGAGGGCUGUGGAGACUGUAUAAAUAUCCUGCUCUUCGGCAUGGUGGGGGUUGGGAAAUCAUCGACCAUCAACACAUUCCUCUCGGCUCUGGAUCCACAAGGAACGACUAUAACCUGUGUCCCAACAGGAGACAAUCCCGAGUCUCUCACACCAGAGCUCAGGUCCUACAAAGCAGGGAGUUUAAACUUUUGGGAUACAGCUGGAUGGAAUGCUAUGAAGAACUGUGGUCAGACAAAGGAAGUGUUACAGAUGAUCCUGGAAGGGAGAGUUCCCAAAGGAACAAACUUACAGCAUUUCAACCCUGACUCGGAUGUUUCCAACUAUCCCAUUAUUCCGGAAAAUGUAAUUCAUGGAGUCGCCUUCAUAUUUGACAUCAGCACCAUAGACUUGGUCAGUGACGAUAAAAUGGAAGAGUUUCAGGAGCUACAGACAAUCGUGGCACAGAACUAUGUUCACAGGGUUGUGAUUGGGACCAAGUUUGAAUUAUUAGGGAUACCAGAGAAACACAAUGCAUGGAUUUAUGAAUACAAGCCACUGCAGCAGAAGUUUGACCAGUUGGCAAAACGCACUGGGAUGGAGAGGCGUUCCAUGUUUGUGGUUUCGAAUCAUUGGAGAGGUGAACAGAUCGAGAUGAUAAAAUGCAUCCUGGCCCUGUAUGUUCUGGAUAAUAUGGUCAGAAAUAUUGACCGAUUUCUCAAAGCAGUGUAAUGAUCACAGCUGACCUUGUCCAGCGUAUUGAAUUUGUUCUAGUUUCAGCAGCACGGACACUGCUGUGGGAUUGAUGUUUUUAUUGUUUUCCCCAUAGUUUUAGCAUUCUUUAUGCUUGUUUAUAUAUUUGUACAAUCACCUGUUUGUCUGUAGACUUCUAGUAACUUGUUGUAUUAGUAGUUCCAUUCUUCUGUAGUUUCUAUCCUUGCAAAGUUGAAGGGGGAAUAAGUUAGUAUCUGCUGAAAGGGUUUCUCAGAUAAACUGGCUCAGCCCACUUGGCAGAAUAAAAGCUCACCACGUUUUCAUCUACCUUUGUUACAGUCAGUCACAGUUACUGGUUCAGAGGUGACUUGUACAACCGGUUACUGGGACAGCCAGUCAACGUUACAGUCAAUGAUUGUUACAGCCUGUCACAGUUACAGAUGGUUACUCUUACAGUAGGGGACUGUUACAGCCAGUCACAGUCACAACCAUUCACUGUCACAGCCGGUCACAGUCACAGCGAGUUACUGUUACUGCAGGGGACUGUUACAGCCAGUCACAGUUAGAGAUGGUGACAGUUACAGCCAGUCACUGUUACGGAUGGUCACAAUUACAGCCAGUCACUAUUACAGCAGGGGACUGUUACAGCCAAUCACAGUUACAGCCGGUCACAGUCACAGUUACAGUCACUGUUACAGCAGGGGACUGUUGCAGACAGUCACAGUUACAGAUGGUCACAGUUAUUGCCAAUCACUGCUUUUCAGCUGGCCACUGGUACAGCCGUUCACUGUUACUGUCAGUCACGGCUGUUACUGCUGCUGUUCUCUUGUUCCUUCUCCGCCUUACUUGCUGAGAUUCACAGACUCUAUCUGACCUGUACCACUAUAAACAUCUAACGAAACUGUGGUAAACAUAAGAUUUGGGCCUCAUUCUUGAUUUCUGAAGAAGCUACUGGACAUCAGCCCCAGAUCUAACUGUCAUGGUCCGGUCCGUGAAGUCCGCAUUCUGGAUCACGGUGUGGUCCGUGGACUCAAGACUCCAGGUCUUCCAGCUGUCCUUUGUUUGGUUGAGUUAAUCAUAGGCAUCUGAUUCCCAUCUUUGGGCUUGGAAUAUAAGUAACCUUGGGGUUGAGUGUCGGCUGCUGGUUUGUCUUGUCAGUUCCCCUUGGAGCAACCUGCUGAUGGAAGGCUAGUGAAACUAUUCGUGAUCUCUAGGCCUGGUUGGAGGACCACCGCUUCAUGGAGCCUUGUUGCCACUCGUCGGAGCAGUUAUUGUGGUAUGGAUUUGGCUGUUUCUGUAGCCAGCCAAGAUCGCUGGCUGCCCUGAGACUGAGAGCCACCCUGGAUUGAGCUCCUUUCUUGUUCUUGCCUCCGUUGGGUAAGCCAGGCCGUAAUUGCCUUUAUCCUGCAGUUGGUUCUGUCCCUUCCUGUUCCUUGCCUCCAUUGGGUAAGCCAGGCUGAUUGCUGUUACCCUGCGGUUGGUUCUGUCCCUUGCCCCUGUCGGGUAAGCAGGCCGUUUGCCGUUACCCUGUGGUUGAGUCCCUCCCUCCCUGUCCUUGCCUCCGUGGGGUGAAGUUCUGCAUCCUGUGCAGGAGUUCUGCAUUCUGCGUUCUGCACAGGAGAUCCACGUCAUGCCCAGGAGAAGCUCCAAGAACCCAAGCCUCAAGGAUCCCGCAGCCAAGCUCCAAGAACCCAAGCCUCGAGGAUCCCGCAGCCAAGUUCAAGACCCAAGGCCCCAGCCUGUCUCUGAGCUCAGGCCUCUAGACCCCAGCCACGUCCUGUCCUGAAGCCAUGUCAUGUCCUUGCCUGGUUCUGGGGUUCGAGCCUGAGGUAAGACCCAGGUUCUGAAUCCUUUUCCAGUCUCAGGCUCGGAAUCGAGCCUUGUCUUCUAGUCCAUGGUUUCUAGUCCUGGUCCAGUUUUCCCUAGCCCAAGUCUGCAUUCUUGUCCCUGCUCCUUGUCUGAAUCCUGUCACGUCCCUACUCUAGUCAAGUCCUGUUCCUUGUACUUCAGUGUCUUUAUCUUGCAUUUGGAUCUGUUCCCAACGCACCAUUGCAACAGAACGAACUUGCCAUGGUGAACCUAGUGGACAUGGGUCCUGUACAACAGGCCCUGUCCAGCCAGGGCUCUCUAUUGGUCGACUCUUGUAUGAGUAGUCUCGUUCCAUGGUUCUUAGGACUAUUAGUUCUAAGUCUAGCAUUGUUCCUGAAUUCUCUACUAAAACCAAGACUUCAGCUAAAGACUCUCUCUGGACACCAAUUCCACGCACGCUACGACCAUAGCGCCUCCCGACUCAGCAUCCGCGCCUGUGUUCAGCACUUGGGUUCGUACCACCGCUACAUCCUUGCAACACUAACAGAAUAGACAGUAACAGAGUAAGGGAGGGAGAGGCCACAGCUUUAAGCUGUGGUUAUUUCAGUGCAAUAAGAACAUAAGAACAUAAGGAAUAGGAGCUGGAGUAGGCCAUCCAGCCCAUUGAGCCUGCCCCACCAUUCAAUAAGAUCAUGGCUGAUCUGUCCGUAAACUCAGCUCCAUCUACCUGCCUUUUUCCCAUGACCUUUAAUUCCCUUACUAUGUAAAAUCCUAACUAACUGUUUCUUAAAUAUACGUAUUUAGUGGGGAAGCCUCAACUGCUUCCCUGGGCAGAGAAUUCCACAGAUUUACCAUUCUCUCAGAAAAACUGUUCCUCCUCAUCUCCAUCUUAAAUCUUCUCCCCUGGAUCUUGAGGCAAUGUCCCCUAGUUCUAGUCUCACCUACCAAUGGAACCAACUUUCCUACUUUUGUGUUAUCAAUCCCUUUCAAAAUUUUGUAUGUUUGUAUAGGAUGCCCUCUCAUUCUUCUGAACUCCAGAGAGCAUAGUCCCAAGCGAUUCAAUCUCUACUCAUAGGUUAACCCCUUUAUCCCUGGAAUCAACCUGGUGAACUUCCUCUGCACUGCCUCCAAAGCCAGUAUAUCCUUCCUCAAGAAUGCAGACCGGAACUGCACACAGUACUCCAGGUGCGGUCUCACCAGUACCCUAUAUAGUUGCAGCAUGACCUCCCUGCUCUUGGAUUCAAUCCCACCAGCAAUGAAGGCCAACAUUCUGUUUGCCUUCUUAAUAGCCUGCUGUGCCUGCUAUACCUGCAAGCCAACUUUUUGCGAUUCAUGCACAAGCACUCCCAAGUACCUCUGUACAACAGCAUGCUGCAAUCUUUCACCAUUUAAAUAAUCUGUUCUUCUACUAUUUCUUCUAAAGUUCCAUUUACCAACAUUGUAUUCCAUCUGCCAGACCUUGGCUCAUUCUAUUAACCUAUCUGUAUCCCUCUGCAGACUCUCCUCAUCUUCUGUACAAUUUGCUAUUCCACUCAGUUUAGUGUCAACAACAAAUUUAUACCAACUCUCUGCUUUCUAUUGGUUAAACAAUUCACUAUCCAUACCAAUACACUUCCUCCGACUCCAUGCAUCCGUAUCUUAUUUAUAAGUUUCUUGUGCGGCACCUUAUUGAAUGCCUUCUGGAAAUCCAAGUAUACAACAUCCACCUGUACCCCUCAAUCCACUGCACUCAUUAUGUCCUCAAAGAACUCCAGUAAGUUUGUCAAACAGGACCUGCCCUUUCUGAAUCCUUGCCUGCAUCUGUCUAAUGGAACCACUCCUUCCUAAAUGUUCUGCUAUUUCUUCCUUAAUGACAGCUUCAAGCAUUUUCCCGACUACAGACAUUAAGCUAACUGGCCAAUAGUUGCCUAUCUUUUGCCUACAUCCUUUUUUAAUAAGUGGCGUGACAUUUGCUGUCUUCCAAUCCACUGGAACCCGCCCAGUGUCUAGAGAGUUUUGAUAAAUGAUUACCAACGCCUCUACAAUAACCUCCACCAAUUCCUUCAGCACCCUGGGAUGCAUUCCAUUAGGGCAAAGGGACUUAUCUACCUUCAGGCCCUCUAGUUUGCUCAUCACUAUGUCUUUAGUGACAGCGAUUUUAUUGAGGUCCUCACCUCCCAUUUUGUCCAUAACAUCCUUCUUUGGCAUAUUAGAUGUGUCCUCCACCAUGAAGACCGAGACAAAAUAGUCAUUCAGUGCCUCAGCCAUUUCCUUAUCAAUUUCCCCUUCUUGUCUUCCAAGGGACCUACUUUGACUUUAGCCACCCUCUUCCGCUUAUAUAUUUAUAAAAACUUUGGCUGUUUUUAUAUGUUGUACUAAUUUACUUUCAUACUCUAUCUUCCCUUUCCUUAUUUCUUGUUUAUUUGUUCUCUGUUGUUUUUUAAGAUUUUCCCAAUCUUCCAGUCUCCCACCACUCUUCACGACUUUGUACACAUGAACUUUUAAUUUGAUACUAUCUUUUAUUUCCUUCGUUAUCCAAUGCUGGCUCUCCCCACACUUACUGUCCUUACUUUUGACUGGAAUAUAUUUUUGUUCAGCACUCUGAAAAAUCUCUUUGAAAGUAUUUUACUGUUCCUCAACUGUCCAAAACUGUCGCAUGGACUCAGGAUAUGGACUGGCACUGAGAACUGGGAUAUCACAACCAACAACAGAAACAUAGCUGAGGAAAGGGUAGGGUGGGCAGCUCAAUGCUCCAGGUACAGAUGCUACAGGUGUGAUUGAGGUACAGGUAAGAGAGGAGGCGGGGGAGUGGCCUUUUUGGGGAAAGAGAACAUAAGAUUGGUGUUGCUUGGGAGAUCGUCCAGUGAGACUGUUAGAAGUUUUCAAGAAGGAUUCAAUUGGUUCAGAGGAUCGGCUGUAAAAAUGAUCCAGCUUCAGACCACACUCUGCCUUAGCCUGGCUCAAUAGCUCAAACCCUUCAACCCUCCAUCUGCUGAGGUGCAACAUGUAGGAGAUUGGAAGCUGAGGAUUUAUUGAUUACAUAGAAAUAUUCAGUAAAUUUCCUGAAGCCUAUUUAGCCAAAAAGAGGACAGUUCAGAAUGCCGGCAAACUUGGAAAUUACUUCAGCAAGAAAACUUCACAAUGUUGACUGUAGAGAAGAAAUGAAGGCAGAGAAGUUAAAGAUGCUACAAUGUGGAAUUAUUCCUGACUCAGGGAUUCAACCAUAAAAUAUAGGAUCAGAAUUAUGCCAUUUGGCCCAUCAGGUCUGCUCUAUUCAUUUCACCAUGUCUGUUCCAUUUUCCUCUCAGCUCUAAUCUCCUUCCUUCUCCCCGUAUUCCUUCAUGUCCUGUCCAAUCAAGAAUCUAUCAACAGCUCUGCCUUAAAUAUGCUCAAUGACUUGGUGACCACAGAUACCUGUGCAAUGAAUACAACAGACUCACCACUCUGGCUAAAGGAAUUCCUCCUGCUCUUCAUUAUAAAUGGAUAUCCCUCUAUGUAUUCUCAGGCUGCAUCUUCUAGUCUUUGCCUUCCCCAACAUGGGAAACUUCCUCUCCACAACCAGUCUAUCAAAUGUUGAAAGGCCAGAAGACAUCAAAGGCUCCUCAUAUGACAAACCUUUCAAUCUCGGAAUCAUUUUCGUGAACCUCCUUUGAACCAUUUCCAAUGUCAGCACGUCCUUUCUUAGACAAGGGCCCAAAACUGCACUCAAUCUCCAAGUGAGCCUACAUCAUUGCCUUAUGAAACAUCAACGUUAUAUCCUUGCUUUUAUAUACCAGUCCUCUCAAAAUGAAUGCUAACAUUGCACUGCCUUCCUCACCACAGACUCAUUUUGCAAAUUAACCUUUAGGGAAUCCUGCACCAUUACUCCCAAAUCUCUUUGCACUUCAGAUAUUUGAAUUUUCUCUCCAUUUCGAAAAUAGUCUUCACAUUCAUUUCUUCUACCAAAGUGUGUGACCAGACACUCCCAACACUGCAUUCCACCUGCCAAUUCUUUGUCCAUUUUCUGAAUCUAAGUUCUUUUAUAGCCUCUCUGUUUCCUCAAAACUAUCUUUAUACUGGCCACAAACCUGGCACAAAUCUAUCAAUUCCAUCAUCCAAAUCAUUAACAUCUAUCAUAAAAAGUUGUCCCAACACAGAUCCCGGUGGAAUACCACGAAACACUGGCAACCAGCCAGAAAAAGCUCCCUGUAUUCCCAUUCUCUGCCUCUUUCUAAUCAGCCAAUGCUCUAUCCAUGCUAGUAUCUUGCCUGUAAUACCAUGGGCUCUUGUUAAGCAGACUCAUGUGUGGCACCAUGUCAAACACCUUCUCAAAAUUGAAGUACACAGGAUUCACUGAAUCUCCUUUGUCUAUCCUGCUUGUGAUUCUUUAAAGAAUUCCAACAGAUUUUCCAGGCAAGAUUUUCCCUGAAGGAAACUGUGCUGACUAUGGCCUAUUUUAUCAUGCACCCCCAAGUACACCAAAACCACAUCCUUAACAAUCAAAUCCAAACCACUGAGGUCAGAUUAAAUUGCACAUAAUUUCUUUUCUUCUGCCUCCCUCCCUUCUUGAAUAGUGGAGUGACAUUUGCAAAUUUCCAGUCCUCCAGGACCAUGUCAGAAUCUAUUGAUUCUUGAAAGAUCAAUACUAAUGCCUCCACAAUCUCUUCAGCCACCUCUUUUAGAACAGUGGAAUGGAUCCAUUUGGUCCUUGUGAUUCAUCUAUUCUUAGACCUGUCAGUUUCUCAAGACUUUUCUCCCUUCUGGUAACUUCACACACUCCUGUCCCAUGACACUCUCAAACUUUUGGCAUACUGUCAGUGUCUUCAGCAGUGAAGACUGAUAAAAUAAACUUUUUCGGAUCUCCCAUUACUACUACUACAGCAGCAUUUUGUAGCGAUCUGAUAUCUGUUCUGGCCUCUCUUUUUCACUUCAUAUAUCUAAAGAAACUUUUGGUAUCUCCUUUGAUAAUGUUGGUUAAUAUUUUAUCUUUCCCUUUUUCAUGACUAAUUUAGUUUCCUUCUGUUGGUUUUUAAAAGCUUUCCAAUCUUCUAACUUCCCAUUCAGUUUUGCUCUAUUGUAUGCCCUCUCAUUGGCUUUUAUGUUGGCUUUGACUUGUCAGCCACAGUUGUGCCAUCUUGCCUUUAGAAUACAUCUUCCUCUUUGGGAGGUAUAUAACCUGUGCCUUCCAAAUUGCUUUCAGAAAUCCCAGCCAUUGUUGCUUUGCCAUCAUCCCUGCCAGUGAUCUUUUCCAAUCAAUUUUGGCCAGCUCCUCUCUCAUACCACUGUAAUUCUCUUUACUCCAGUGUAACACUGAUGGAUUUGACUUUAGCUUCUGCUUCUCAAAUUGCAGGGUGAAUAAUAUCAUAAUAUGACCACUGUUUCAUCAGGGUUCCUGUACCUUAAGCUCUCUAAUCAAUUCCAGUUCAUUGCAUAACACCCAAUCCAGAAUAGCUGAUCUUCUUGUGGAGUCAACCAUGAGCUGCUCUAAAAAGCCAACUCAUAGACAUUCUGCAAAAUUCCCCUCUUGGAAUCCAACACCAACCUGAUUUUCCCAGUCUAUCUGCAUACUGAAAUCCCCCAUGACUAUCAUAACAUUGCUCUUUUGACACACAUUUUCUACCUCCCAUUGUAACUUGUAAACCACAUCAUUACUACUGUUCAGAGGUAUGUAUACAACUCUCAUCAGGGUCUUUUCACCUUUGCUGUUUCUUCACCCUACCAACAACGAUUCUACACUGAACCUAUGUCACCUCUUUUUUUAUGAUUUGAUUUCAUUUUUUACAAACAGAACAACCUUAUAAUCCACCUGUCCUUUCAAUUCAAAGUGUAACCUUGGAUGUUACGCUUCCAGCUAUAAUCUUCUUUCAGCCAUGAUUCAUUGAUGCCCACAACGUCACAUAUGACAAUCUGAAACUAAUGAAAGUAAUUGACCGUAUUCUGUAUACUGCGUACAUUCAUAUAUAACAUCUUGACUGUGCAUUCAUCACUUGUUUAUUUUGUCCCCCUUUUACAUUGCAGCUCAUCUUGUUGACUGCAAUUUGGCCCUGUCAUCAGACUCUCCUUGUUAGCAGUCUCACUCCACACUGCUUCUGCUUGUAAACCAACUGACCCAUCCUCAGUCCUAUCACCCUGGUACCCAUCCCCCUGCCAAUUAGUUUAAAACCUCUGAAACAGCUCUCUCAAACUUCCCUGCAAUGAUAUUGGUGCCCUUGGGUUUAGGUGUAUCUUGUCCCUUUUGUACAAAUCGUACCUUCCCUCGAUGAGAUCCUAAUGAUCCAGAAAUCUGCACCCCUGCCCUCUGCACCAGUUUCUUAGCUAUUCAUUUGCGUGCCAAAUCAUCCUAUUUUUACCCUCUCUGUGCGUGGCACCAGCAACAAUCCAGAGAUUAUUACCCCAGAGGUCCUACUUUUCAGCUUUGUAUCUCACUCUCUUAAAUCUCUCUUCAAGGAUCUCUGCACCUUUCCUACCGAUGUCAUGUGUGCCAAUAUGUACCAGGAGUUCUGGCUGCUCACCCUCCCCCUUUAGAAUGUCGUGGAUCUGAUCCGAGACAUCCUGACCCAGGCACCAGUGAGGCAACAUACCAUCUGGGUGUCCCUGUCGUGCCCAGAGAAUCGAGUCUUUAUUCCUCUGUUGAUGGAAUCUCCUAUCACCACUGCAGUCCUCUACACUUCUGUUCUGAGCCAGAGUGCCAAUUCCUUUCUGUUCAAAUGCUGCCUGAGCCAGAUCUGCCAGCACUGAUCAAAUCAUUGAAUGUGUUCAGCUGACCGAAGCUCCGUGAGCCAGUGGACAGCACUCAAAGGCCACAAGAACAUCACUAACCAAUGGAGAUGCAUUGGGUCAGGGGUCACUGAUUUGAACCCCAGUGUUGUUCCACUGUUGUUUAACAAGAUACGUGACUACUCUCAGGGUGGAGGAGCAACUCUUCGUAUUCCGUCCAACCUCCAACCUGAUGGCAUGAACAUCGAUUUCUCCUUCCCCUUCCCUUUUUCUCUAGUCCCCACUCUAGCCUCUUACCUCUUCUCCUCACCUGCUAUGGCCUCCCCCGGUACCCCUCCUCUUUCCCUUUCAUCCAUGACCCACUCUCCCCUCCUAUCAGUUUCUUUCUUUUCCAGACCUUUACCUUUCCCACCCACCUGGUUUCACCUCUCACCUUCCAACUAUCCUCCUUCCCCUCCCUCCACAUUUAUAUUCCAGCAGCCUUUAGAUUUCUUUCCAGUCUUGAAGGAAGGUCUCAGUCUGAAACGUUGACAGUUUACAGAAUUCAUUUCCAAAGACAUUGUUUGACCUACUCAAUUUGUCCAGCAAUUUGUGUGUGUGGCUCUCAAUUCCCAGAAUCCGCAAAAUUUCGUGUGUGUGUGUCUCUGACCAUCAGUUCAAAUGAAUAUUAAAGUUAAGUAAGUUUCCAUGCAAUAUAUCAACAUUCAGUCCCUGCUCAACGCAUGAAAUGUUGCCAAAAAACAGUCAUUUCCAGGGGCUGGAUAGUUUCUCAAUAAUGAAAGUAACUCCAAGUUUCCCCAACCAUUCCCAUUAAAGAAAAAAGCAGAAAGCUGGAAGAACUCAGUGGGUCAGGCAGAAUCUGUGGAGACAGAAUAUCUGUAAGAGUCAUUGGGUUGUACAGUUAUCAAGCAUUUUGUUUGAUGUGUGUCUUCUCUGUAGCGAUGAAGGAAGAGAAGGGACGAGGCAACGUGGGAGGGGGAAGAAGUGGUAAACUCAGAAGCAACUGAGAAGGGGUGAGGGGCCCAGAGUAAUGAGGAAAAGUAAAGGCAGGAAAAGGAAAACAGAGGGAAGUAUAACAGAAAUGAGAUGGUUCAAGUUGAAGUUUAAUGGUCAUUCAGACUGGGUAUAUGAACAAUCAUGAAUACAGAAGUGUUACUCCGGGGUCAAAGUGCAAAAUACAUUAGCAACAGUCACACACAGCACAAGGCACAUACAGCACAUAUAAGAUAGCAGUAAAAUAUAGUCACCCAAAAA